UGAUAUUGUAGUGUGAAUUCCAAAACAGCUGUGCAAAACCCACAAAGAAACUCACAGGUUAAUGGUGGCGUGAGCUUUCCUGGUCCACAACCCGCAGCAUUCGCCUGCUGUUUACAAAGGUUUAGGCCACUAUACAUUUAUUAUGGCCCCCAGGUAAUUUGUUGUCUUUGCUUCAAAAGAUGAAUGUUUCUGAAUACUUUGACAGUCACAAAUGACGUAAACAGCACUUCUCUUUUACUUGUUCCACACAGGAGAGACUGAUACACAAGUCUAAGCACAUCUUGCUUGAAACAGAAAAAUACAGAAACGUGAAGGGGAAAUUGAGAGGAUUUCCUUUCCCCCUACUCGGAAGCAAGCAAUAGAGAAGACAGAGCAAUCUGUAAUUUCUUUAGGAACCGCGAAUAAACAAUUCAUAUAUGUGGAAUGUACAAUGUGAUUCAGUAAGUGAACACCCUUAGUUCACAUCAAUGAACUGAAACAAUGGAGAAACCAUUUAAAGGUAUGGAUUGUGGAAAGGACUUCAGUGGAAUGCUAAGAAUCCAUCAGCGAACUCACACAGGGGCAAGACCUUUUAAAUGCAUGGAGUGUGGAAAGAGCUUCAGUCAGAGUAGACACCUUAAAAAGCAUCAACGAACUCACACAGGGCAGAAACCAUUUAAGUGCAUAGAGUGUGGAAAGAGCUUCAGUGAUAGCGGAACGCUAAGAAUCCAUCAGCGAACUCACACAGGGGAGAAACCAUUUAAAUGUAUGGAGUGUGGAAAGAGCUUCAGUCAGAGUGGAAACCUUAAAAAGCAUCAACGAACUCACACAGGGGAGAAACCAUUUAAAUGUAUGGAGUGUGGAAAGAGCUUCAGUCAGAGUGGACACCUUAAAAACCAUCAACGAACUCACACAGGGGAGAAACCAUUUAAAUGCAUGGAGUGUGGAAAGAGCUUCAGUGAGAGUGGAACACUAAGAAUCCAUCAGCGAACUCACACAGGGGCAAGACCGUUUAAAUGUAUGGAGUGUGGAAAGAGCUUCAGUGAGAGUGGAUGCCUUAAAAAGCAUCAACGAACUCACACAGGGCAGAAACCAUUUAAGUGCAUAGAGUGUGGAAAGAGCUUCAGUGAUAGCAGAACGCUAAGAAUCCAUCAGCGAACUCACACAGGGGAGAAACCAUUUAAAUGUAUGGAGUGUGGAAAGAGCUUCAGUGAUAGCGGAACGCUAAGAAUCCAUCAGCGAACUCACACAGGGGAGAAACCAUUUAAAUGCAUGGAGUGUGGAAAGAGCUUCAGUCAUAGUGGAGCGCUAAGAAUCCAUCGGCGAACUCACACAGGGGAGAAACCAUUUGAAUGUAUGGAGUGUGGAAAGAACUUCAGUCAUAGAGGAGCGCUAAGAAUCCAUCAGCGAACUCACACAGGGGAGAAACCAUUUAAAUGUAUGGAGUGUGGAAAGAGCUUCAGUGAUAGCAAAACGCUAAGAAUCCAUCGGCGAACUCACACAGGGGAGAAACCAUUUGAAUGUAUGGAGUGUGGAAAGAGCUUCAGUCAGAGUGGACACCUUAAAAACCAUCAACGAACUCACACAGGGGAGAAACCAUUUAAAUGUAUGGAGUGUGGAAAGAGCUUCAAAGACAGUGGAAUGCUUAGAAGACAUAACCUAAGUCAUACAGGAGAGAAACCUUAUAAAUGUUUUGAGUGUGGAAAAUGCUUCAGUCAGAGUGGAGGCUUUAAUGUACAUCUACAAACUCACACGAGGGAGAAACCGUAGAAGACAUCAGCAAACUCACACGGGAAAAACAAUUUAAAUGUAUGUUUGUAAUCAUUUAUGUAAACACUGCCAACAGUACCUUUUUGCCUGUGUUAAGAAAAGAUGAAAAUUCUACACCAAUAUUCCUCCGCCGUGCAACAAAGGCAGGCGCUGCUCUUCCACUCAUAGCUCAAUGGGCCCCUGUGGUCCAAAACAAACCUGAAGUGUUCCCCCUAAAUCAGAUGUUUCCUGGGCGAUUGGGCAAAAGGAGCCCCUGGAAGUGGGGAGGGGGGCAUUGGAAAGGAGAGGAGGGGUGACAGUGCACAUUCUGCCCACAUCUUUUUUUUAUACUUUAUUGUUUAAUACAAAACAUAACAUAUAUACAAGUACAGCAUAAAUUUUCUUCUCAUUGAAUCACAUACAAAAAUAAAAAAUAAUAUGCAAAACAAAUUAUAUAAUUCAAAAUAAAUACUUCUUCGCAAUGUGAAGAGUAUGCCAUCCUUGUAUUUUGUCCUAUUUCCUCCCUCUUAGAUACUUCCCGUCCUUUUAACAAUACAAUAGCAGAUUCUUUAUUUUCCACAGGCCUGCAUUAUGAAUUUCCUCCUUUCUUUUCUUGGUUUUUCCUGAUCUCACUUUUGUGUUUUCAAACGUUAUUCUAUAUCUGCUAGUAUAGAAUUGUUAGGAUAAUACUUUUAAAAAUAUUUUUUGUAAACACUCCAUUCUUUGGAUACAUUUUGUGUUGAUGAUCCCCUUACUGAGUCAGUAAGUUUAGCCAGUUGUACAUAUUCUAGCAUGAGCCUUUGCCACUCCAUUACAGUGGGUAAGUUCUCACUCUUCCACUUUCUUGCCACUAAUGCCCUGGCCGCCCGCAUCUAUAAAUUGCAAUACAGUGGUACCUCUGUAUGCUACCGCCUCGGGGAGCAACCGCUUCGGUUUCCGACCACCACGGACCUGGAAGUGUUUACAACCAGGUUCCGCAGCGCCCGGAUGUGCAGAAGAGAUCUGCGCAGCGCAUGCGUGCGCAGAGCGCUCUAUUGGCACUUCGUGCAUGCGCAGAAGCAUGAAUCAGGGAGCAAGCAACUUGGGGAGCAGCUGGCUCCCCAGAACCAAUUGUGGUCGCAAACCGAGGUACCACUGUACAGGGAAUUGGAAAAGUGAACAAGGGAGGUGGGUGGCAGGGGAGGACAAAAAUAAGAUGCUGAAUGGGGGAAGGUGGUGGUGAGAGGGAGGAGGGGAAGAAAAGAACAAAGGGACUUCUCCACACACACACACCCUCUGCUGGGGCCCAUUGGCAGGGACCUGGAUGCCCACAGUCCAGCUGCCAAGUAAGGAACCCAGAACUGCAGGAUUGCACCAUUUCCUUUAAAGAAUCACACACGUUUCUUUUUAUCCUUGAAGGCACAACAGCAACAAUUUAUUUGAACCCAGCCACUUAUGAAUACAUAAUAAAACUUUAAACUUUAAACAGCUUCCCUAUGCAGGGCUGCCUUCUGAUGUCUUCUAAACGUAUAAUAAUAAUAAUAAUAAUAA